AUGUCGAGUGGACCCCAUUCAUGCUCCGAAUCGCUCAAUCUCGACCCUCGUAACCUUACCGACCAGAUGUCUAUUGAUGACGCGGGGUCAAGUAUGCACCUGCGCCAAACUCAGGAAUUUCCAGGAACAGAGACAGCCCAGCCCAGGGUACCUUUACCACUUGACGAAAAUCUUCAAUACUUCAUUCAUGAGAAAAAGGCUAUGUCUGAUGCCUGCUCACAACUCAAUCCAUGGAGCAUCCACGAGCCAGGUUCCCGAGUCGGCUCGGUCGUCGCCAGUUUCAAGGAGUUCCCUGCCCUUUUCACUCGUCAGCGCGAAACGCCCUUCCUCCAUCGCCAUCUAUAUCGCGCCCACACCCCGCAUGCGAUACUCGCCGUCUACUCAGCCGUUACAACGUACGCUAGCCGUACUGACGCCAACCGAAGUUGGGCCGUCCGCGUGCUCUGCGAGGCCGCUGAUGAGCUAACGCGCCCGCCGCAUCACAGCCAGGGGAACGGAAAAGAAGCUGCACAGGCUCCGAGCUCGGAGACGGCAGACCUGACACCCCUCGACAAGCUCGCUCGCACCCAAGCUCUUCUCAUUUACCAGCAAAUCCGCAUAUUCGAUGGUGACAUUGGCCUGCGAGAGCAAGCAGAGCGUGAUAUGGGAACUCUGGAGGCGUGGCUAGAAGACCUUGAGACGUACCGCGAUAACCUUGCCGAGUUGUGGCUGCUCGAAGAGAGUAUGCUACAGAAUAGACCACCCCAGUCCUGGGAGGAGUGGAUCUUCGCUGAGUGUGUGCGACGAACUAUCUGGCUCGGGUAUGGGUUUAUAGGUCUCGUGGCCAUGCUUAAGACGGUGGGAAUAGGGGGCACACCACUUCCCGGACGUUUUGCGGCUGUACACCGGUGGACUGCGUCCAAACAUUUGUGGGAAGCCGAUUCGUCUCCUGCGUUUAUGAAGGCGUGGCGAGAGGAGAAGCAGUAUAUUGUACAAAAUCUCUCCAUCCAGAGGCUUCCUGGGUCUAUCAAAGCUACCGACACAGACCACAUGAUCAAGCUUUUACUUGCGUGGUUGUUGGGCCCUGAUGAGAUGGAACAGUGGGUCAUUACGGGCGGAACUCUUGGUGAAGCUUGGAGAUGAUCGAGCUUCUGCGGCAGAAAGCGCUGCA